AUGGAAACAAAAACUUUGACAGUUCUUUUCAUAUGUUUGUUUAAUCUUUCGACUGCAUUACAAUGCUAUUCUGGAUGGCAGAUAUGGGAACAAGAGAUUAACAAUGUUUCUCUUGUUCAGUGUUCUCGAGCUGAAAGAUGUUGCAGAUUUGUUGCUUCUCUGAAUGGAAAUCAAUUUACUUGCUCAACUAAAUGUCCACAAUCUGGCGAAUCGAAAUGUGGUCCUGAUCCAAAAUUAGGAAUUCAAGAUGUUUACUACUGUGCUUGUCAAGAUCAUUUAGAUCAAGAGUGCCGGCCAUAUUUGGAAUAA